AGACAAAACAUAGAAACAAAACAAAAGAAAACAAAAUUAAACCUCAGAAUCGGUAAAAAAAUAGCUCGUUUCUAAGAUUUCUUCAAAGUGGUAUUAAAAAGGCUAACACCAUGGAUGAAACACAGCAUUUUUGUUUGCGUUGGAAUAAUUACCAAAGCAGCAUUACAUCAGCAUUUGAGAAUUUAAGAGACGAUGAGGAUUUUGUGGAUGUAACAUUAGCCUGUGAAGGACGCAGCAUUAAAGCUCACAGAGUCGUAUUAUCGGCAUGCAGUCCAUAUUUCAGAGAUUUGCUAAAAAGUACACCCUGCAAACAUCCAGUCAUUUUAUUGCAAGAUGUUAAUUUUCAUGAUUUACAUUCAUUGGUUGAGUUUAUCUAUCAUGGCGAAGUUAAUGUACAUCAAAAAUCAUUGCAAUCAUUUUUAAAAACAGCCGAAGUCUUAAGAGUUUCUGGGCUAACACAACAACAAGCAGAAGAAACUCAUCACCAAUUAGCUCAAAUACAAAAUUUGGCCAGUAGCGGCAUACGAACACCUUUAAAUUCACAUCAUUCAGCAAUGCAUGAUGAAUCGCCACUUUAUACGCGUAGUGCAGGUUCACCACCACCACCGCCCACACAAUUGCCAUUAGCUUCAACGCAUAUUAACAGUCAAUUGUUUAAGCGUAGCAUAGCUGCUGCUGCAAUGUUGAGACGUGAACGCAAUAGUUCUACACCUUCAGCUGAAGAUCCCAAUAAUCCGCUGAAACGCAUGCGUAAUUCAGAUAACGGUCUACCAGCCAGCAACCACAAUAGUCCGGACAUGCUUCAUGCACGCAGCACUUCGCCACAGUUAACGCCAACCGAUUUUUCUACAAUGAAAAAUAACAACAACAAUUCACCACCACCCAAAGAGGAGAAACGCAAUGGACCCAGUGGUAAUAGCAGUGGCACACCUAACGGUAAUGGUUCUGGUAAUUCAGCGAACGGCAAUGGCAUUACGGCAAACGAUAAAUGUGGAAGUCUUACGUCGUCACCGUUAACACGUUCAGCGGAUGACGUUAAAUCGGAACCCAUGGAAUUAGUUUGCACUAAUAAUAAUGCUGCCGAUGAACACAGCAAUGAUUCGAACGGUGAACACGAAAUACAUGGACGCGCUAGCAGCGGUGAAUGCGGUAAAGGAUCAUUAAGUUCAGGGAACGAUGAAGAAAUUGAAAAUACUAUGCCGCCGCAUCCACCAUCAGCACCAUUUCUUAUCUCACCAGCUGAAUCUAAGUUAUUUCCAUCCACGCCAUUCACAUUUCCCAUGAGUAAUUUAGAUCCAGCAGCAUUUGCCAGUUUAAAUCCUCAAUUACAAUCUGCCGCCGAAUUAGCUGCUUCUCCUCAAGGUGGAAGCACUAACCUACUCGGUGGCGUUAUAGUACCCGGGGUGAAUCCGAAUAGUAGUAGCAACCACCAUCAUUCCACUCAUCUUCACCAUCAUGACCAUCAUUUGCACCAACAGCCACAACCAAGCACCGAACGCACCGAACACCAUCUUCAACAGGAGCAGAGUGGCGAACGCCAACACAGCCAACAAACGGUUGAACAAAAGCAAGCGUUAGGGUCCUUUUCCUCCACUCCCUCACCUCAUCAUCAUCAACAACCCCCACCUCCCCCGCAUUCGGCCCAAUCACCGCCCAUUCACUAUACGCAUUCGCACUUCGGUCACCAGCAACAUCCAUUGUCAAUGCUGCCUACUCAUCAUCUUCACUCGCAUCAUGAUCUUUCGCCCAGCGGGCAUCACCACCAGCAUUUGUCUCGGGCACCUUCGCCCCUUGAACACCAUCAUCUAUUGCAGCAUCGACGCUCAUCUCUGUCCCCUUCACCCACCGGACGAUCUUCGAAUUCGACUUCAGCUGCUGGCAUUUUAUCAUCAGCACGCUCUUCUGAAUUAAGCGGACCUAACCGUUUAUUAUUGCCGCUGCCCUUGAAUGCUUGCCAUCGCUGUGAUGUAUGCGGUAAACUUUUAAGCACAAAACUGACACUAAAACGUCACAAAGAACAACAGCAUCUGCAACCAUUAAAUAAUGCCGUUUGCAAUUUAUGCCACAAGGUUUUUCGCACCCUUAACAGCCUAAAUAAUCAUAAGAGCAUUUAUCAUCGUCGGCAAAAACAUCACUCCUAUUUUCAUCACAGCAAUAUAAGUAGCGGCGUUGGAGCACCGUCUAGCGCUGGCAGUCGGUUACACCAAUCGCUUAGUUCUCUAAGCGCAGCCGCUGCGGCUAAUACAAACGUUAAUGCGAACAGCAAUGGUAAUGCAGUGGCAGCUGCGGCUGCUGCAGCUGCCGCAGCAGCUGAACUUCUCUUAUCUGGUCCAACGAUGCAGUUAAGCUCACAUCCCCAAUCCCAGUCAUCACCCAAUAUGGUGAAACCCUGUAUGGAUUAUUUAUAAGAUCAGCACAAUCUAUUGCAACAACUCUUCGGUUUUGCCAUAAAUCCAACAACAACCGUACCAAACUUAAAUCAUCACCACUCGCCACAUACACAUCAUCCAUCAUUACCACCUAUACCACCAAAUGAGGCAAUGGCCCCUCUGAACCCGCCGCCAACUGUGGAUCUAACACAAAUGGAUAACUAUGUAAUGGGAGCUUGCGAUGAUGAGCCUUCCUAUACCAGAAUCAAUUUAAACGAUCAUUAAGAAAAGCCACAACAGAUUCACACUUACUUGAACGCGAAACUUUUCCCAAUUUUUCUCAUACCCCCAAACCUUUGUUAUUCCCACUCUAACCCACAUUUUGGAUCUCAAAAUCCCACAAAGAUUUAUUUGAUAACUAUUUAGGCAAAUUCAAAACUGUGAUUGUUAUAGAAAAACAAAACAAAAUAAAUAUUUUUUUUUUUUCAUUUUUAAAUCUUAGGCUAUUGCCCAAUCUAUAAACGUACGUGUAAAUAUUCAAAAAGCAAAGAAAAAGGAGAAAAGCUGGUUUCGGAUUUGUAAAUGUUUGCAACAAAUGAUAAGGAACUACUUUUCCUAACUAAAUAACGAAAUAAGCGAAUAAGAAGGAGAAAAUGAGGAAAAAAAUAUCUUUAUCUUUAGUUUAGACUUUUAGUUUAUUAGACUACGGUAUGACUUGUGCAAUUUAUUUUCUGUUGACAAUACUUGUAUGCUAUUAGAAAAGAAAUUUGUAAUUGAGAGAAAAAAACGAGAAAGAGAGAAAGAGGAGAGAGAGAAAAGAGAGACAAAGGAUGAGAUAUAUUUCUUAUUCGACACAAAUGUUCUUUAGAACAAUAACAUGAGAAGCAAAAAAAAAAAAAUAAAUAAAUAGCAUAAAACUACACUUUUAAAGGACUUGUUGCGUAAACUUGAACGAUUUCAAAAAUCACCAAACACAUGUAAAUUUUACUAAAAAUAAUCUAUAUAUAAAUAUACAUACGUAUUUAUAAAAUUUA